AUGAGAGGCUGGGCCACCGCCGGCAGAGGAACAAGAGCCCCGCCAACCACCACACCGCAAGCGAGACGAGGAGGGCAGAGAUGGGGAACUGCGGCACGCGGGAGGAGAAUGCCGUCGUCGCCGCGCACGCGCAAGCAAGUCCACUUGUUACAACAUUCCGACAAGAAUGCUCUUGCAGAUAGGAAGCACACCCGCACCUCAUCAGAUGUGAGUGACCCUCCAACACCUAGGAAAAUCGAAGAUGCCAAGAACAUUUCCAUAUACAACAAUGUGAUUGCAUUCACGUUGUUUGAGCUUGAAACAAUCACAAAGAGCUUUCGGGCCGAUUAUGUUCUUGGCGAAGGAGGCUUUGGGACUGUUUACAAGGGUUACAUAGAUGAGAAUGUCAGGGUUGGCCUGAAAUCACUGCCUGUUGCCGUCAAGGUGCUCAACAAAGAUGGACAUCAAGGGCACAGAGAAUGGCUAACUGAGGUUAAUUUCUUGGGGCAGCUAAGACAUCCAAACCUAGUAAAGUUGAUUGGAUAUUGCUGUGAAGAUGACCACAGGCUGCUUGUCUAUGAGUUCAUGUUUCGAGGAAGUCUGGAAAACCACUUGUUUCGAAAGACCGCUACUCCCUUACCCUGGGCAACUAGGAUGUCUAUUGCACUGGGAGCUGCCAAAGGGUUGGCUUGUCUCCACAAUGCUGAAAGGCCUGUUAUCUACAGGGAUUUCAAGACCUCAAAUAUUCUGCUGGACUCUGAUUAUACUGCUAAACUGUCAGACUUUGGCCUGGCAAAAGCUGGCCCAGAAGGUGAUGAGACCCAUGUAUCAACACGGGUGAUGGGAACAUACGGUUAUGCCGCCCCUGAAUAUGUGAUGACCGGUCACUUGACAGCUAGAAGUGAUGUCUACAGCUUUGGUGUGGUCCUUCUCGAGCUCCUGACAGGGCGGAAGUCCAUCGACAAAUCCCGGGCAAGCAGGGAGCACAGCCUGGUUGACUGGGUUCGCCCCAAGCUGAGCGAUAAGAGGCGGCUUCACCAAAUCAUCGACCCAAAACUGGAGGGACAGUAUUCAGUGAGAGCAGCUCACAAGGCCUGCAGCCUUGCAUACUACUGUCUGAGCCAGAACCCCAAGGCCAGGCCCCUGAUGAGCGAUGUCGUAGAGACGCUCGAGCCAUUGCAGAGUGGCGGUGGGAGUGAUGGAGCCAUUGUUCAAGCCGGUGGCCUCCCUGACUAUAGAGUUCGCCGCAGCCUGACCGGAAACAGCGUCCACUGCAGGGCCAUUCCCAACCCCAAGUGCUCCCCUGCCGUGCCGGCGUGCAGGGUGAGGUGA